CCCUGAUGCUGUUGGCACAAUCUAGCACCGUCAGGGCGAAGGUGUUUGAAAAGUGUCCGCUGGCAAGAACAUUCGAUCGGGAGCAGAUCUCGUCGCGUUCAUUAAUAUCCAACUGGGUCUGUCUGAUAAUGGCCGAAAGUGGAGCCGACACGACUAAAUUAACGACGCUCCCCAACGAAUCCAAGAGCUACGGUAUCUUUCAGAUCAACAGUAAAACCUGGUGCCGGGAAGGACGCAAGGGUGGUACAUGCAAUAAGGCUUGCGAAGACUUCCUCACCGACGACGUAUCGGACGACAUCGAAUGUGCUAAAAAGAUCUAUCAGGAAAGCGGAUUCGGUGCCUGGAAGGGUUGGGUUAACAAGUGCAAGCAGAAACCCCUGCCAGAUCUGUCUGGAUGCUGGAACUAGCGCAAUUCGAUAAUAGGGAGGGACAUACUGGAGUACUUUCACGGGUAGAAUACGUGGUUCAGGGAAUUGAAUACAUUGUUUGAAAACAAAAUAAAUGAUUUUA